AUGGGCAAGCUACUCAUCUGUGUCGGAUUGGCUCUCCUGCUGCAUGUGCAGCUUGGAUCAUUCUACAUCCUCACCUGCUAUUUUACUAACUGGGCACAGUACCGUCCCGGAGCAGGACUGUAUCUGCCCACCAACAUUGACCCAUGUCUCUGUGACCACCUCAUCUAUGCCUUUGCUGGAAUGGAUAAUAACAUGAUCCAGACCACUGAGUGGAAUGAUGAGAAACUCUACGGACAGUUUCAGGCCCUGAAGAACCAAAACAGCAACCUGAAGACUCUGCUGGCCAUCGGGGGAUGGAACUUUGGUACUCAGAAGUUCACAGCUAUGGUUUCCAGCUCUGCCAACCGUCAGACCUUCAUCAACAGUGUGAUCAAGUUCCUCCGUCAGUACCAGUUUGAUGGUCUGGAUGUAGACUGGGAAUAUCCUGGCUCUAACGGCUCCCCUCAGGAUAAACAACUCUUCACAGUCCUGGUUCAGGAGCUGAUGAGCGCCUUUCAGGAGGAGGGCAAGGAGACCAACCGUCCUCGCCUGAUGCUGACUGCUGCUGUCUCUGCUGGGAAGGGAACCAUUGACUCUGGAUACCAGAUUGCUCAGAUUGGAGCAGUGCUGGACUACAUUCAUGUUAUGACCUAUGACUUCCACGUUUCUUCGGCACAUACUGUCGGAGAGAACAGUCCUCUGUAUGAGGGCCCUGCUGACCAGGGCUCUACCAUCUACUACAAUGUGGACUAUGCUAUGAACUACUGGAAGAACAACGGGGCUCCAGCUGAGAAGCUUCUGGUUGGUUUCCCUACCUACGGCCACACCUUCCGUCUGGCUUCCUCUAACACAGCUGUUGGAGCUCCUGCCAGUGGACCUGGACCUGCUGGAGCAUUCACCCGCCAGACCGGCUUCUGGGCCUACUAUGAGAUCUGUUCUUUCCUGAAGCAAGGAGCCACACAGGCUUGGGACAGCGCUCAGCAAGUUCCAUACGCCUACAACCAGGGAGUGUGGGUUGGAUAUGACAACAUUAAGAGCUUCCAAGUUAAGGCUCAGUGGUUAAAGCAGAACGGUUUUGGUGGAGCCAUGGUGUGGAGUCUGUCUCUGGACGACUUCAGUGGGACUUUCUGUGGCCAGGGACGAUAUCCUCUGAUUAACACUAUCAAGAGUGGACUAGGAACUGGACAAUCCUGCGGUUCUCCCUCGAACCCCAUACCUCCAGUCGCACCAUCCCAGCAGCCCCAGUCUGGCGGUGGCAGUGGCAGCAGUGGUGGCAACACAGGCUCUGGCUUCUGCACUGGCAAAGCUAACGGACUCUACCCUGAUCCAACCGACAAGAACCAAUUCUAUGAGUGCAACCAAGGACAAACCUACAUCCAGCACUGUGGUGUUGGCCUGGUGUACGAUGGCAGCUGCAAGUGCUGCAACUGGGCUUAAAUAGUUCCUAAUAUGACUUUGUUCUGACUGUUCUCACUGGUUAUGAGCUGGGUCAAACAUCUGCCAGCAAUGUCCAUCCUAGACCG